AUGUCUACUGCUAACGUUUUGAGAUACUCUGCCCUGGGAUUGGGUGUUUUCUUUGGCUUGAAGAACGACAUGGGAAACAAGAAGACUGCCUCCCAAAAGGCUGCUGAUGACGCUUUCCAAGCUAAAUUGAAGCUCGUGGACGAGGCCCGUGCAGAAUACGGCAGAUUACAUAACCCUGCUCCUACCACCCAAUCCAAAGAAAUCAAUUUGGAAGAUCCAAACUUGGAUAUUGGUGCUGCCAUCUUGCAGGCUGUCGACUCUCUAGGCUCCAAUUGA